UGGCAGGGUCUGGGGAAGGGGCGGCAGGCGCCAUGUCGGGCCACGAAGGUGGCAAGAAGAAGCCCCUGAAGCAGCCCAAGAAGCAAGCCAAGGAGAUGGACGAGGAAGAUAAGGCAUUCAAGCAGAAACAGAAGGAGGAGCAAAAGAAACUCGAGGAGCUAAAAGCGAAGGCCGCGGGGAAAGGCCCCCUGGCCACAGGUGGAAUUAAGAAAUCUGGCAAAAAGUAAGCUGUUCUUUGUGCCUGAGGCAAUGAUGAUCUUUAGUUCCAUUCCUGUUUAAACAUCCGGAUUAAACAUUUGGAUUCCAUGCCAUAACAUCUGUUGCCACCUAUAGCUAGAAUGAAGUGUUGUCUUGGAACCUAUUGUACAUUUAAGAAUAAACUUUUGUUAAAAAAAAAAAUCAAAAA